AUGUCUUCGGACUUGACCUUCACUCAAGGCCUCAUUGUUGGCCAACUCUCGGUGGCUCUCUUCAUUGCAGCGUUCAUAAAAUUCUUCAUCUUUGGCGAAGCUCCUCCUCCUCCUUCUCGUUCCUCCAAGCGAGCCCCGAAGCACAUCCGGACUCCUUCUCUGCACAGCGUCGCUUCUUCCAAAACUGCAGUCUCGCAAUCCCUACGAAACAAAGCCAGCUCCAACGUCCUCCGCCCGGUACCCAACAAUGCCACGGACAUCGCCUCGAUCUUGCGAAAGACCUAUUACCAGAUCCCGAAUCGAGCUCACAAGAACAGCCAUUCCACACAUCAACCAGAGAGCCUGGACUGGUUCAAUGUCCUUCUUGCCCAGACGAUAGCACAAUACCGGCAAACAGCGUACAAUUUAAGAGAGGGCACUGGAAACACACCUACAAUUCUGGCGAGCCUGGAAGAGGCAAUCAAUAACCCGGAAAAGAGGCCGUCAUACAUAGACAAGAUCAAGAUCACAGAGAUAUCCAUGGGCGAGGAAUUCCCCAUCUUCAGCAAUGUUCGAGUCAUUUCAGUUGAAGACGAUGCUUCAAGCUCUACUGGGGGAAGACUACAGGCUCUGAUGGACGUCGAUCUCUCCGAUGAUAACCUGACUCUGGCCAUCGAGACUGCUCUCAUCCUCAACUAUCCCAAACCCUUUUCUGCUGUCCUGCCAGUCGCGCUGGCUGUCUCAGUCGUCCGAUUCUCCGGCACCUUGUCGAUAAGUUUCAUCCCCGCUACACAAGAUGAUGCAGAGGAUGAAAGCAUGAAGAGGAACAGGCCGGCCCAUGUGACGGGCAAGCCCAAGACGAACCUGGCAUUUUCCUUCCUCCCCGAUUACCGCCUCGACCUCUCUGUGAGGAGCUUGAUUGGCUCGCGGACACGGCUGCAGGACGUGCCAAAGAUUGCACAGCUCGUGGAAGCGCGGAUCCAAGCAUGGUUCGAAGAGAGAGUCGUGGAGCCACGCGUACAAGUCGUCCCCCUCCCAGGCCUCUGGCCUCGCAUGGGCAAAGUAAGGGUCCGGGACGGCCAAGAUGAGGAUAGGCCACCAACACAAGACGAACAUCGAGCUGCUUCAUUUGUCGAACGCGGAGAACGUAGGUCGGACGACAGCUUUCCCUCACAGGAAGAGACGGAAAAGAUCUUCGAGGGACUCAGAUGGCGUACAGGUCGUGAACGAUCGAACAGCCAGGUCAUCGAGCAUGACGGAGAUGUGACGACGACUCCGCAACCUUUGCGAAUGAUGCCUGGUGCUUUACCAGCGUGA